UUGCUAUUUAAACAAACUGCGUUACAAAACGUCAAAUCUCCCAUAACCUCUAAGAUCAGUAAACACAAGUCGUGUCGCUGCGAGCUCUUGUUCCCGGCUGCUGGCUGUAUCCCAAUCGAUAAAAUUCGGGCCGUCUCCCCCGUCGUCAUGGCAACGCGCAGGCUCCCCCCCUCCCCCCACCAGCCGCCUCACCGCUACACUACAUCCCAGAGAACACCGAUGUUGACUUAG